ACCACUUGCCAACGACGGAUUGGCUGCCUCUGCUGCCUGUCGGGGGAUUGCAUCAUGCUGCCCGAGAGAGGAAAGAUCCGAGUGAUUUCGCAACAAUCUAUUGUGCGGUUCGGAUGAUCCACAGCCCCGAGUGUCCGGAGGAGGAGUAACCUACGGAUCCCUAGUGAGGACAGGGGAAACAAGUCGUGGGGGAGGGAUAGGCUUCCCUCCCCGGGCAGGAGGACCUCGAAGCCAUCAGGUAUAUAUUACUGGACAUUGAACAGCAGAGAGUCCUCACAUUUAUCCAUUUAUCUUUAAGGACAAGUUAGACCAAAUGAACCAGUCCCCUUCCACCGCAUCUGAGGGCCUGAGCGAUGCCCUGCCAGGGAGCCCAGCAACACCACAGCUUGUGCCGCUAAACCCUGGAGGCGGAGGCAAAGCUACCCCUCCAAGCAAAAACAGCAAAAAGGGUCAACGAUUGGACCGUGGAAGCGAAGAGUACCGUCUGCGUCGGGAACGUAACAAUAUGGCUGUCAAGAAGAGCCGCUUAAAAAGCAAACAAAAGGCUCAAGACACACUGCAAAGGGUCAACCAGUUGAAAGAAGAGAAUGAAAGACUGGAGGCCAAAAUCAAGCUACUUACCAAGGAGCUGAGCGUGUUGAAAGACCUGUUCUUAGAGCAUGCACACAACCUGGCAGACAAUGUGCAGCCAGAAUCCAGCACACCCGGACAGGAGUCAGCUGGGUAGUAACCAAUUUGAAGAUCUACCACUAAUUAUUGGUGGACGAGAAUAACUUUUUUGAGGGGUGGGAGAGCUCUGAAUUCCUGCAUUGUCUUUUGAUUACAGGCAACAUGCAGCAGUAGGGGCUGUAGUAACUGAUUGUGCUUUCAGUCUGGGAUCCAGUAAUUUAUACAGGAAUGUUUGGUGUUGAAGUUUGUCUGUAGGUCUUCUGGUGCAACCCAUUUGCUUUGGAAAGUUAUUACAGAAAGGAAGCAUAGAGGGGCAGUAUUCACCUUGCACAAGCCAGAGAAAAAGGGCUUUUUUAAAUAGUUAUAGUUCACAUGGGAUAUGAAUUGUUUUUAUAUGAACUCUCUCCUCUACAGUAUUCACUGUGGGAGGAGAUUGAAUCAUAUAGUCCCCUCUUUCACAAAUCGUGUCUGAGAGUGCAGGCAGCACAUAAGGGAGAAGCUUCUUCUCCCUCUUUGCUAUUGGUGGCAGAGCAGAACUUAAGCAAGAUGGAGGCAGCUGAUAUUAAAAAAACAAAACUGUUCCUUCUCCAUGUCCACUAUCUAAUGGGAUACUGUCAUAAAGAUCAUUUCGUGCCUGAAACCACAUGGUUAUCAGAGUAGUAUUAUGGAGAGGGAAAGAAGCGAUUUCCUUGAGCUUUUGAAAGUGAGCUUUUCUUCUUUAAUACAGUAAUGUAGUAUGCGACUGGCCGUAAAGCAUUAUUACAGAGCAAAAAAACUCCUGUGCAGCAAUUCUCUAUAUAUGAAUGCCUCAGAGUUUUCAUUGUUUACAUUUACACCACAUUGACUAUUAAAGCAGGCCACAUGCACUGCUUUAGCUGUUGAUUCUGGCCAUCAAGAUUUUGUUUGGUUAGUGGACUGCUUAUAGGGCCAAACCAACACCCUCCGCCAGAUACUGACAGGCAGGUUUAAAAGUUCUGUCGGCCAAGGACUGCUUCGGUUGAUGCGGUUGGUUCUCUUUCAAGUCUGAUCUGAUUGUUGGUAGAGUGCCAAAUGGUUGGAUCAGCCUGAUUUGACCAGUAAAUGGACCAUCGAAGUGGGUGAAGAUAGGAUUGAAGUGGGUGAAGAUAGGAUUGUUUGACCAAUCUUACUGUGUAGAGCUAGAUAGAUGAGAAUAAAAAAAUCUAAGUAUCCUGGAUAAAGCAACUGGCUUCAGAUGGCAGUAUCCCUUUUAAUAUUUUCAACAUAAGUAGUAUCCAUUUUUGGAAUUAUAUGAGGCAUUGGUAUUUAUUGCCCCUUUUAUUUUUGGUGAACUAAUAGAAACAGAAUUACAUAUUUAAUUUAACCAUUCUGACUGUAUAUAUUUGUUGAUAAUAGAAGUAAAAACUAUUUUUUCACCAGGCUUCUUAGCGAGACUAUAUAGUCUUUAGAAUCUACUCACAUGUACUCUGAUUAUGGAAGGUUUCGGAUUAGGAUUGUCAAACUGUGGCCUCUCUAGCUGUGGGAAAUAACACAAUCAGUGACUGGCUGACAAUUGGUAUUUCUUUCCCAAUAGAUGUUUUUUUUUUUAAUGUAAAUAAAUUCUAUUUUACUGUUAUCUGGUGAUUGAUAUUCCCCUAGGCUUCUUUACAUGAUGACUGCAUUUUCUCAACAUAAAUUCGAUUAAUAUAUAAUUAUAAUAUAUUGCUAAUUUUUAAAAAAAACCUUAUUUGUAAACAUCCUGUUUGGUGAUCUUUUGAGAUUAUGUAAAUGCAAACUCUAUAUCCGUUGCACCUAUAGAUUACUGCAUUCGAAGUGGUUUAUGCAUAUGGAUUAUACAGGAAAGGUUUGUCUGCAUGGGUUUUACACUUCAUUUAGCAUUGAAUGCAAAGGUUUUUCUUUGAUUAGCAAAAAAAAGAUGCAGAUGAAUUGACUUUUGCAUGCUUUUAGGGAAAGAAAUUUCAAGAAGACAUUCACUGAGCUCUUUAUCAAACCCCUUGGUACUGCAAAAUCCCUCUCGGGACAAGGAAUUCCCAACAUUACUUUUUUUUUUUUUAAGACUACAAUCAGAAUUUUUCUAAGGGUCAGGUUAUUACCCUGUAUUAUCAGUUCUGGUAUUAUGCCUAACGCACAGCAGUCACUCAUGUAAAUGAGGCCAAACACCUGGAAACAUUUUAACUAACAGUGACCCCCAAAUGUUUAUUUCAUUGUAUAAAAAUUAUUACUAAAAUAAUCGUGUUGCAUUGUAUUAAUUAGUCAAAAUGAGGCCAAUCACUACUUGGCUAUUGUUAAGAAAAUUACUGGAUCUAUCUUAUUAAACCCACCUCUCCUUUUCCCCUCUGCCAAACUGCAUCUUCUAAUUUACUUCUGAAUAAGUUCAUGUUAUGGAUGUACCAAAUCCAGGUUAGGACGAAUCCCAGUUGAUUUUGCAGAAUUCAGAUUCAGUCAUUUUUUUUUCACAAGAACUGAAUAUGAGCCCUCAGUGUCUUCUGACUUUAAAUCUCUGGACAAUUCAAUACAAUGUUGUUUGUCCAUAGAUAUUGCUGGGUUUCUUUGUGGUUUUUUUUCUUUUUGCUCAUUUUAAAAUGCAAAUUCAGCUUGGCCAAACCUGAAAACUAUGGAUUCUGUGCAUUCCUAAUUUAUAUUUGGUGUGAGGUAUGACUGUGAUUCAUUAUGUAUUUAAAUGACCACUGUGCCUUACUACUAUAACCGCUAAAUAUAUAUUAAAUGCCCUUGUUAUUCAAAU